CAAAUCCAAUUCUUUCAAUUCAUUUUCCUCUCUCUCUCUCUCUUAAAAUUCUCUCUCAUCCUCGUCCAUGGCUGCUCUUUUGAAAGCUCUGUUUCUUUUCGUCUCCGUGUUCUUCAGCUUGUCGGAAGCCAGAGAGAUCUUGGUCGGAGGCAAAACCAACGCCUGGAAAAUCCCUUCUUCUCCAGCUCAAUCUCUCAAUCAAUGGGCCGAAAGCUCCCGGUUUCGUGUUGGCGACACUCUCGUGUGGAAUUAUGAGGAGGGGAAAGAUUCAGUGUUGAAAGUGAGGAAGGAAGAUUACGAAGCCUGCAACAUUACGAACCCACAAGAGAAACUGGAGGACGGGAGCGCCAAGGUGGAGCUUCAGAACCCGGGUCCGAUCUAUUUCAUCAGUGGAGUAAAGGCUCACUGCGAGCAGGGUCUUAAGCUUGUCGUGGUCGUUAUGACUCCUCGUCACAGGUUCAUUGGCAUCUCUCCGGCGCCUUCUCCGGCGGAGAUUGAGGCUCCGGCGGUUGCUCCCUCGAGUGGGGCUGCAAGUUUGAAGGUCGGGGUUUUGGCUGUCGUGGUGGGGAUUUUGGGAGCUCAUAUGACUUAGGGUUUGAUUCAUUUUGGGUGUAACUCCACAUUCAAUUUGUUGUUUCAAAUUCGAUCAUAUAUUGAUUUUUUAA